CAGACGCCCUCAGACACAAGCAAGCUCAAGACGUUCCUGAUGAUAUUGAAGAGAUUCAUUGGAGUCACAGACAUCGCAGCAGUGCGCUUCAGUCUUCCGGCACAAUUGAUGGAACCCAUCCCCAAUCUCGAGUACUGGCACUAUCUCGACCGACCUGAAACAUUCGCCGCGAUUGGCGACAGCGACGACCCACUUGAGCGGAUGCUCGCAUGUCUGCGGUUUUGGUUCACGAAAGACUUGAAGUAUGUCAAGGGAAAGCCUUGCAAACCAUACAAUAGCUCGCUGGGCGAGUUUUUCCGCUGCACGUGGGAUGUGGAGCCAACGGAUAAGGAGCAGAAACCGACAAAAGUGAACUACAUUACGGAACAAACUUCGCAUCAUCCGCCAGUCUCUGCGUAUGUUUACGACUGUCCUGAGAAGGGAAUUGAGGCGGUAGGCUACGAUCAGCUUUCCGCCAAAUUUACAGGAACCAGCGUGAAAGUAGUGCCAGGACAGUAUAACCAGGGCAUCUUCGUCAGAUUAAAGAAUCGCGACAACGAAGAGUACCAGCUCACGCAUCCAGCAGCAUAUCUCGGCGGCUUUCUGCGAGGUAGUCUAUACGUGACUGUCGCAGAUACAUGCUACGUGAUCUGCGAGAAGACAGGCAUCAAAACGAUCCUCCACUACCUCGAAGAGGGCUACUUCGGAAAGACACAAAAUAAAGUCGAAGGCGUAAUCUACAAGCCUGCGGACAUCAAGAACGACACCAUCAACAAGCUCAAAGAUGUGCCGAAAGACCAGAUUCUCGGCCGUCUCGAAGGUGUCUGGACCGAGAAGAUCUACUUCUCGCCUGGCGCGACAGAAUUCAAGAAGACUCCAGAAUCCGAUCGCAUACUCCUCAUGGACGUGACGCCUCUUGUGCCAGUUCAAAAGAAAUGUCCGCCGAUGGAACAACAAUUGCCGAACGAGAGCCGGAAAUUCUGGGGCAAGGUUACCGAUGCCAUCACCAGCAAGCAGUUCGGCCUCGCGACCACGGAAAAGCAGAACUUGGAAGAAAGACAGCGAGAACGGGCGACUGAACGGCAAAAUUCUGGAAAGAAAUGGCAGCCCAGGUUCUUUACCACCGUGACGGAGGAAGAUGGCAGGGCCAUUCUGAACGAAGAGGGAAAGAAGGUUAUGGAAGGCAUGCAGAAGGAAGAAUACCAGCUAAAGGAGCCAGAAGAGUACGGUGCUCUCUAGGCGUAAGGAGGAAACGUGGUUGCGGACGACAUGAACAACUUCUGAUAGAUGACCGGUUAGGUUUGGAUGGUCUGGUCUUGCAUAUGGAAUGGCGUUGGCUGGGCGCAUUUUAUGGGAAUACGACUACGUUUGGACGUACAGGCAUACGUCUUGUAAUAGUUUCGGUCCAAAUUAUGGGUGUAGAUAUUUGUCUGUGCUGAAGAGAAGAGAAGAGAAAGAACGGGGAGGUCUUUUCUUGACUGUGUUCAUGAUGAAGAAGAGCUGGAUUUUGAGGCUGCCUGGCUGGAUUUUCCAGUUGCUGAUUCGCUAGCGGCAAUUGAAAUGGCUCUACGCCAGAUUCUCGGGUUGAGAU